AAAAUUUGAAGGCAUUUUAGGUUUAAAUAUAUGAAUUAAGGAAAACAUGGAGAAUGAAGAGAAAAUAAUGAAUAAAUUGAGUAUAACAAUAUUAUUGAAAUAUAACGAAAUAAUAAAUAAUAAAAAGGAUUAUGAAAUAGGGUUUAUAGAAAAUAUAAAAAUGUUAUCAGAUGAGAAAAAAAUAUAUAGAGAGUCUACAAAAGGUUUUGUAAAUUCUUUAAUAAAUAAAUUUGCUUCUCUUUUUAAUAAUAAAUAUUUGAAUAAAUAUAAUAUUCAAGAAAAUAUAGAAAUAUAUAUUAGAAAAAUAGAAGAAAAGUGUGAUGGUUUUAAUAAUUGGUUUAUUAUUAUUGAAAAUAAUAUGAAGGUUUCUAUAAACCAAUUUAUUCAUUAUGAUGAAACAAAGAGAAUAAGAGAAUGAACUGAACAUGAAUUGAAUAAA